CUGCGUUGUUUCUAAGAAAUAAGUUUGUUGAAAUAUUACUAAUAAAUUUUAUAUGUAUAAAAUUGGCUUUAGUGGAAAAUAAUAUAUAUUCUGGGUGUAUAGUAUACAGCACGUUAGAGAAAACAUUCUCUAGUUUAUUUUUCGGGCGCGGAAAGUGACAGUCUUUAUCUUGCAAACUGGAACUUCUACGAGUCCCAGAAUACAAUCUUGACCGUACUACCGUUCUCACUGAACACUGAUGUUAACAUUUAUCCUCCUUUACCUUCAGAAACAGCUGCGUCGUAUGUUCUUUUGAACGAAGAUCAAGUUACCUUUGCACGCGAUUGAUUCUUUUGCGAGGGACGAUAGUUACUUCCAACAAGGAUUGGAAUGUCCACAUGGGCACCCAGAAACACCGUUGUAUUUCUUAAUGUAGUGACUGGAUAACUGCAAAAUCUAGAAUGGCCACAGCAGUUGUGUUGUGUUGUGCAUACUCUCUGAACUUUUUCAAAUUCAAAAUUUCGAUUCUCGUAAGAGCGUUGCAUUGAACAUAAUGGGUGAAGAUCAACAGCUUUUCCGCGGCAGUCCAGCUCGCCGCCUAUCUCAGCUAUUCGACCCGCUGUCCCGCAUGUCAGAGUUCACGUGCUCUACACCUCCGUCCUCCGCCCCCGCUAGCCCGCGAUUACUUCCUCGACGGUCUCGCCUUCAUCUUCACACUUGUAGUGCCUCUCCGCCGCCACCGCCUCCCCGUCCUCAUGCCGCCUCCACCUCUGCUGCAGCUCCUCUCAGUUCUUCCACUUCAUACCUGUUUGAUCUGAUGGAUGUCGAGCCAUCGGCGGGGUUGCCACCUCAUUAUCAUCACUGGGGCGAAGACCUUGCUACGACCGGUGGAGGUAUCAACUGGCAGGAGAGAUGUUUGGAACUGCAGCUGGAGUUACAUCGGUUCAAACACCAGGCGGGACGUGUCAGAGACUUGUUGAAAGAGAAGCUGUCGGAGUUGGAGCAGCGAGUGGUUGAAGCAGAAAGCCGGGCCGAAGAGGCUGAAGAUAAGGUUCGGAUGAUGGAGCAGAGGCUUGCUCAGACAGACUGGACUCCAAGUGAAACAACUGAGCAUGUGUCGAGCCUUAACAGCACUGUUCAAGAGAAAGAGACUGUCAUCAACAAACUUGAAACUCAGGUGGAAGAGCAGCGCCUGCUACGACUGCAAGACGCCAAACAGGUGGAGGCAAAGGCAGCCAAAAUCAAAGAGUGGGUCACCAAUAAACUUCGGGAGCUUGAGGAGCAAAACCAACAUCUGCGUGAACAGAAUCAGAAGUGCAAUGCACAACUCGAGCUGCUGAGAAACCAUUUGGCACACAGUCAGCUGGUUGCUGGUGUAGUUAAAGACAGGUCAAGCACUGGAGGAUCUUCGUCAAGGGCAAGUCUGAGUUUGGAUGUUACAACCACCACCACUGCAAGUGAUGACUCUUUAGCCAUGCCUCUGCAUGAUCUGCCAGCACGACCGCUGUCAUCAGCCACAGCACCAACUACAGGCAAUUCUUCAUUGAGUGGAGGAUCAGGAGUGAUCGGAGUGGAGCCAUCAUGUGCAGAAGUGGAGCAAAGACGUCUACAGCAGCAACAGCAGGUGAAUACUGAGAUGGGGCACCGUGGCCUGCAGUCAGUCAGUGGCAGUGGAAAUGUAACUGCACCUCAUAUUCCAGGGAUGGACACGUCCAGCUCAUUGCUUACCCGGGACUUGCAGGCUGCAGUGGAGAGUCUUGCACUACUUCCAUCUUCAUCCCUGCCUUGCAGUGCAGUUUCUGGUGGGGGCGAUGAGACCACACAUGACUAUGCGGAGAUUUACACACCCAGCCAUGAGAGGAUUCCCUGGCUGGGUGCAAGUGGUGCUUCAUUAUCAAAUCAUCGAGAUAUAUCUCAAGGUGGCAGUACAAGCAGCACCAAUAGUGGAGGUUCACUGUCACUGGAAUGUGCUGGAAAGCCUCCCACUCCUCCACUUCACCGCUUCCCUUCUUGGGAAUCCCGAAUCUAUCAGGUGGCAGCAGACGGGCUGCAGGUGGUUCCAGUGGGCUCUCAGAUUGGUACUGCAGACACAACAAACAAUAAUUUAAAGCAGCCAUCAGGUUCUUGUUCAGCCCAAGGCUAUUGUGACAUCAGUGUUCCUGUUUAUGCUACUGUCAAAGGGCGAGCAAGUCAGAUCCGGUCCAUGCCAUUUACUGGUGACUCAAGUGAUGACUCAAGUGAUGGGGAAGGAGCAAUAACAGCUGUGGGUGAACAUAACAAUCAUGGUGGUGAGAGCAAUGUAUCAGCUGUGCACCAUCAUCACCAUCAUCACCACCAUCACCAUCCUGGAAGCACAGCUGCCAAUACACCUGCAUCAGGAAAUGUUACCAACACUCGUUCUACAAACAGCAGCAGUGACAACACUGAUACCUCCCUGUCAACUGGUGGUUCAGGGUCUAGUCCCAGCAAAAGUAUGAAGACAACGUCCAGCCUAUCUCCAGCAAAACGUAGUUCUUCAGGCUCCCCUUCUAAAUCUAUGAAGAGGGAUACAUCCUUUGAGUCAGGAAUGUCUGAUGACUACGCUGUUCCACCUGAUGCUCUAUCUUGCUGUGGAGCUGACACUACUAGUAUUGAGUCAUCAAUGCCAUCAUUAUUGAUGCGUGUAUCAUCAUACCUGGAUAGCCCCAACAAAAGAGUUCCUGGGGAAUCUCUAGAAAAAGCUGGCCAUUUAGCUAAACUUGGUGGGAAGUUAAAGACAUGGAGGAAGCGUUGGUUUGUGCUCAGAAAUGGAGUGCUCACUUACUGGAAGUCACAGAAUGACAUAAAUCGAAAGCCACAAGGACAGAUAGUCCUGGAUGAGAUCUGUCGCAUUACACGCGCUGAUGGUGCUGCUACUUUUGAGAUUUCCACUGGGAAAAAGACUUACUACCUCACUGCAGAUUCCAUUGCAACUAUGGAGGACUGGAUUCGUGUUCUUCAGAAUGUUCAGCGGAGAAAUGCAACGAAGCUGCUGCUUAGCAAAGAAGAUAACAAACCAACUUUACAGGGCUGGCUGACAAAAGUGAAGAAUGGUCAUGCCAAGAAAUGCUGGUGUGUGCUUAUUGGCAAGAUGUUUCUUUACUUCAAAAACCCUGGAGAUGCAAACCCCGUUGGUCAAAUCAACAUGCGAGAUGCUCGUGUAGAGGAGGUUGAUCAUGUGUCUGACUCUGACAGUGAAGAUCGGGAAGGGGAUGGUCACAGCACAGAGCUUACUAUUGGCAUCUUUCCAACUCACCAGGGACCCACAUACUUGCUCAUGCCAAGCAAGCAAGAGAAGGAUUCCUGGAUGUAUCAUUUAACUGUUGUAUCUGGAGGAGGGCCAAAUGCUGGAACACAGUAUGAGCAGCUUGUUCAGAAAUUAAUGGAAACUGAUGGUGAUCCAAACUGUGUUCUGUGGAGGCAUCCCCAUCUGCUGCACAGCAAGGAAAGUAUUGCGUCCCCACUCACUACACUGUCUUCCGAGGCCAUCCAGAUUGAAGCCAUAAAACUUUUUAAGUCCUGCCAACUGUUCAUCUCUGUGGCAUUGGACAGUGCUGGGAUUGACUACCAUGUGGUUCUGGCCCAGAAUGCAUUGCAACAGUGUCUUGAUAUGCCAGAGCUGCAGGCAGAACUCAUGUGUGCACUUGUGAAGCAGACCUCAAGACACACACAGCACAAAAUUGGGGUCCAGGUAAACAGGACCAUCACCAAGUUUAAGCACUCCCGCCAGCUGUUGCUGUGUGCUACUCAGUCACUCUUUGCGUGUGACUCUUCAUCUUCAUCAGGGAAUGGAGGUGGGGGAAGCAGUGCUGGAGGAAUGCAGCGGGGCUCACCAACUUCCCUACAGGUCACCCCUCCACCUGCACCGCCACUGCUAGAUUGCAAGACCAAUCCACCGACAUUUGUGUUUGUUCAGGGCUGGCAGUUACUUGCUCUAGCAGUGUCACUUUUCAUACCACGUAACAAUCGUCUCCUCUGGUAUCUGAAACUACAUCUCCACCGCAAUGCUGACUCCAAGAGUGAAUGUGGUAAAUAUGCUGCAUACUGUCAACGUGCCCUGGAACGAACACUGCAGAAUGGUGGAAGAGAAGCCAAACCUUCACGUAUGGAGGUGCUGUCUAUUCUGCUCAAAAAUCCAUAUCAUCAUUCACUGCCACAUGCCAUACCAGUUCACAUGCUUAAUGGGGCUUAUCAGGUUAUCAGUUUUGAUGGAUCAACGACAAUUGAAGAGUUUCUGUCUACCCUAAACCAGGAAAUUGGUUCCCGAGACUCUGCACAGUCAGGCUUCACGCUCUUCAGUGAUGACCCUAUAGAGAAAGACCUAGAACACUUCAUUGAGCUGCAGGCAAAGUUGUGUGAUGUGAUCUCAAAGUGGGAGACAGCAUUAAGAGAAAAGGGUUCUGGCAAGUUUGAGAACACACGUGUUAUUCAGCUUACCUACAAGAACCGACUAUACUGGAGACACAGUGCUAAGAUGGAGACAGACAGGGAGCGACUACUGCUUUGUUACCAAGUAAAUCAACAAGUCAUCCAUGGCAGAUUCCCCCUCAACAAGGAGCUGGCCCUGGAACUGGCAGCACUCAUGGCUCAGAUUGACUUUGGAGAAUACAACGCUGAUAAGGGGCGAGGGAGUGGUGGUGUGGCAGGAAGCCUGCAUCAUUUAGUACUUCAGGCCCUGGACAAGUUCUACCCUUACCGUUACAAGGAUGGACUGACUCCAGAUCAACUCAGGGAACUGCAAGAACGUUUGCAAGAGAAAUGGGCAACUUUAAAAGGACGAAGCCUUUUGGACUGUGUGCGCAUCUAUCUGACAUGCACACGCAAGUGGCCACAUUUUGGGGCAUCCCUGUUCCAAGCUCAGUUACAUAGCCCACUGCCAUGGGCAGGGGUGGAACUUGGAACAAUGCUCUGGCUUGUGGUCAAUGAAGACAGUGUUACCCUGCUGGAGCUGGCUUCCAUGCAGGCCAUUGCUAAAUAUCCUUACUCAGCCAUUGUUACAUUUGGAGGCUGUCAGGAUGACUUCAUGCUUGUGGUAUCAGCUGAGGAAGGUGCAGGCAGUCAGAAGUUACUGUUUGCUCUUAGCAAGCCAAAGAUUCUGGAGCUGACAUUGCUGAUUGCCGACUAUAUGAAUGCUCUUGGACAUGGUCUUCCUGGAACACCCCAGAUGGGCACCCUGACUCGCAAUGGGUCACAUCGAUCUCUUCAACGGACUCGUCAGCCCACAGCAGCUGGAGGGACUGGCUACAGUACACUGAGCUCAACAGCUGCUGUUCACUGCAGUACACUAGGCUGCACUAGCCAACAACAGCAACAAGGACCACAACCAGACCUUCUUAAAUCCACGCCAGAUCAUCAAGUGGGAGCUUCAUCUGCUGCCAAUGUUGACGUUAGGUUACAUAGAACAGAUUCAAAAAAGAGGACCCACCUUGAUAAUGGCAUGGCGUGAUGUAGCGCCAGAGCCCUGCACAAGGAAACACAGUGCUAGUGAUGUUUGGGCUCUCCAAUUUUAUUUUUGUGCUCAGAACCUCCUUGUAUGUCAUGUAUGGGAGUGCGAUAAAAGGAACUGGUAAGCAUGAGUGCUACAUUUACCUAGCACAUCCACCUUUUAAAGUGUGAAGUAUGUUUGGUAAUACACUACAGAAAAUAUGCAUGAGCGGUAGUGUAAUUUUAUGCUGCACAUUGCAGACAUAGACUAAUACUGGUAUAUUUUCUUACUAUGUAAAAUUAUAAAUUAAUUUUAAGGCUAUAGUACUGCAGUAUUAAAUUUAAAUAUUCAUGUCUCAGUAACAUUAAUGAAAGGUGCCCUUGUUUAUGAAUAAUGAAAUGAAAAAUUUAGCAUGAUAUUUUGAAUCUAAAAUUAUAAAAAAAAAUUAAACUUUUCUUCCACAUAGCUUAUAUGACAAAGAAUUUUCUUUCCUUGCUUCUGAUAGGGUUGAAAGAAAGUUUGUAAACUUAGAGAAAUUAUACGUCCAUCUAGAUGCCAGUUAUUGUUGUUGUAUACUAACAUGUCUGCCAACCUAAAUAGAGAUCCCAUUGUGAUAUGGUGUUCCAUUUCACUAAUUCUGAAACAGUAAUACAUCUUGGACACCACUGUUUGACUCUUGGCUUCAUAUUUCUUAAUUGCAACUUCACAGCCCACUCUCAUAAUAUAGACUUCAUCAGCUAUAGUCUUACCAUCUUGUAAAUCAUCGAAAUCUUUAUUUUCGUUUUGAACAUGACUGAAUGAGAAUUAUCUUAUACCAGAAAGAUUUCAGGCUUUCAUAGCUGUUCAGUGGUUGUGUUUCUGGGUGAUCACACCAUGUAGAUUUUGGCUGUAUUGCUGACAUUUCAGAAAUAUUAUCUCUGUCUCCGAGGUGAAGGAACUGCUCCGUUUGAGUUGUCGACUUAAGCCAAAUGGAAAGUGAGACAGAAAAAGAGACCCUUAAUGGCUGAUCUCAUUCAGUGGUGUCUGAAUGAGUGGAAAUAUGGGAAAACUAGAUCAGUCUUGCUUUGGAGACUAUUCUGAAGAAAUAGAGAGGAUACUUCAACUUUACUCAACCUACAGGUUUUAGUUAGCGCUUACAUCUCUCUAUAUUUGGUGUGAUCCUUCCAAGGGAGAUCAAAUUAAAAACUCCUCCCGUUUUCACUUUUGUCUCUUUCCCUUCUUGAUACUGCUGCACACCCUAAUGUACACCUUCCAUACAGGUUUCUGAGCAUUCCAGGCAUCCCACUCUCUGAGUAGGUUGGCGGAAUGAUUAUGUUCUAGACUUAUAUUUGGAAGAUGCUUAAUUCAUAUCUUAUCUAGAACACUGGCUAUCCUGACUGAAGUUUUCCUACUUUUCAUCAGUCCCUCCAGGCAGAUGUGAGGAUAAUACAUUAAUUAGGCCACAACUGUUUCCUUCCACACAUUUUACAAUUCAUUAUGUAGUAGUGGUCCUACCAUUAAGUGCUGUAUAGUCUGAGGUACUUUCAUCAUUUUACAAUAAGCCACAAAAAAGGAAGAACACAUCAUAUUCAUUCAGUUCUCUAAAUGCAUAUUUUUUCUGUCUCACUUGCUAUUUAAUUAAAUGGAGCACAUUACACAUCACGCAGUAAUGGGAUCCCUAUUAUUUUACACCAAAACAGCAUUUACAAAUAGAUAUGUGAAAUCAUGAUGGAUUUUUUUGUUACACACUCAUUUAAAAAUCCUUGUGAAUUGCACUUGAAAAGCCAUAAUUAAGGUAAGAAAUCUAGUCUGUAUUGUUGUGCUUCAUAACAACUCUUUAAGGCAUGUCUUUACUGAGAGUUGGUUGUUAACUCUUGUUUAUGCAAAUUCUUAUUAAAUUUUGUCAGUUGGCAGUAUUACACAUAUUAUACUUGAGGAUCAUAUUGUGGUGCUGUUCUGUAAUUUAUAUUUUUUAUACUGUAUUGAGCUGUCACUAUACAACCAAUAUUGCGCACAAACUUUUACGAUGUACAUAACAAUGUUUGCCACUUUUCAUUAUGGCUACAUGUUUUGAUGAUCACUGGGCUAUAUAUAUUCAUAUUUCUCUGACACCCAUUAUUAUUCCUACAGUCUGUCUUAUGUUAUGAACAAUAUAUAUGUGAUGUAUGUUUAUGAAUGUAAAAAUUGUAUAUACGAAUAUUAGUUUUUCUUUUUUCUAAUUAAUAUGUUAUAAUGGUAAUUAUAUUGAGACUUAUUGUUAACAUUUCAGAGCAACUUUUGUUGCAUUAUAGUGGUAUAAUUUCGUUGUCAUGUGCUAUAUCUCUUUGUUCAUAUCCAGUGUGCUUUUUUAAGUUUAUAUUGUGACAUAUCUGCUGAAAGCUGGGAUAGCAGAACUUGAGAAGACAAGCAUUGCUAGGCAAUGACUCUGUAAACACGUUUUCCAUGGCAACCAAAUCAUGUGACCACUGCAACAGAUACACAACAGUAGAGGAACUGCUGAAGGCGGUGUUCUCUAUUUGGUCCAUAUAGAGGCCAUAUAAGAAGAGCUAAUUGGGUGAUGAAAAGGGAAGUCUCAAAUCUGAAACAGUAAAAUGUAGUCACAGUCCCAUGGGACUUUGACCCAGUAACAAUUGUAAACGACAGACCUGUCCUCUCAUCAGAGAGUUUAUAUUUUAAGUUUAUAUUGUGACAUAUCUGCUGAAAGCUGGGAUAGCAGAACUUGAGAAGACAAGCAUUGCUAGGCAAUGACUCUGUAAACACGUUUUCCAUGGCAACCAAAUCAUGUGACCACUGCAACAGAUACACAACAGUAGAGGAACUGCUGAAGGCGGUGUUCUCUAUUUGGUCCAUAUAGAGGCCAUAUUCAUUCAUUCAUCAGUAAUCUGUCAGAUGACAGGUCCACAGCCUCUUCCAAA